CCCCUUAGUGCAAAUGGCCUAUUGGUGUUUUCUUAAUAGUAUUUUUGUUUAUAUGAUCGUAACUCUCUGUUCGAUAUUCAUCCCAACUUGUUAGGUCUUCAAAGACCAAGACUUUUCUCGGUCAGAUCCUGCCCAGAAAGUAGCCGAAAGCAUUUUGCGUUUCUUUCCUGGUUUUCAAGCCUUCAAACUUCCCCCACCAACAGUUGACGACGAAGUACUGAAAAAUAUCAACAGGAACAAAGAUCGGUUGAAUCCUAAGUUUCUAGAGGGGAUUGACCAAUUCAAACGAUUGCUAUGGUCCACUUUGCUCCCUAAACAAGGCCCAAACGAUGGAGAAGUGGUGACUGGUGAAGGUAUGAUUUUAAACUGGUUUCAGUCAUAAAAACAUUAUUCAGGAAAAUUUCAAAAAUUACACGGCACUAUUUUCAAUCAUGUGGUAUCUUGACUUAAAGAGACUAUCACAGAACUAGGAUAUUACUGUUUUUAAGUCAAAUUUGUGCUGAAGCCAUUUGAUAGCGCCUUUACCCAUACAAAAAUUUGCUGCUGUAGAGUUAUGAGGGAGAUUCCAAACGAAUUUCAUCAGGGAACAGUAACACUGAUUUUUGCAGGCAUAUCAUUAAGAGUUAAAAAAGCUGACCCAACUUUUUCAAGUUUCAAUCCAUGUCCAUCCUUACCAUCCUUUGGAACAGACGACAGGAAGCAGUUUCAAUGCCUGAAUAUCAGCGAUCUUGAAUAACAAAGCUGGACCAUUAUUUUUGGAAGUUUAAUUGACGUGGGGACAAGUUAAAAACAAAACAAAAAGAUAGAAAAUAGCGUGACUUAGCCCUUAUAAGUCGCUUUGCAAUUAUUUUUAAAAUUCCUAAUUUUCUUUUUUCAGGUCUUGCAGCUCUAGUACAGCUGUACGUGGAAGCUAUAAAUACCCCUGGUGCAGUGCCAAGCUUACAAUCAGCUUGGGAUACUUUUGUAGGGGUAAAGUGCACAGAGGCAUCGCAGGCAGCAUUGGCCAUUUACGAUUCUCUGAUGAACUCAGAGCUGUCAGGCCGCCUGCCAUGUGACAAUGACGUCAUUCGACAAAAUCAUGACGCAGCUCUUGAGAAGGGGGUCGCUCAUUUGGAGGAUGAGACAUCUGGACUAUCAGCUGUUACAACUGAGAAGGUCAUGAGAGAACUUACGGUAAGCUUAGUGAACAUCUACAACAAUGUAUCCCUUAGCUUCUUCUGCAAUGGAGAGAAAUUCUUUGAUACUUUAUGCAACUUUUUCAAGAGGCGUCAUAAGCAACGACGACUGAACUUUGAAAAGCAUGUUUUCUUUCUUUUUUUUUUCUUUUUUAUCUUUUUAGUAGGUGUGUUUGUGUGAAAUGAGACGACUAGAAAAGGUUUUGGAAGGUUUUCUGCCAUGUUUUUCAAAAUUUGCAUUUUUUUCUUAAAAAAUAGGUUUCAAUUCUAUUUUUAUCAAUGGAAUUAUUGUAGUACACUUAAAUUGGCAUUAUUUUAUCAAAGUUAGUGUCACUGUUGAUGAAAUCCAGGAUUUUUAGUGAAUAGUUUGAGAAAAAAAAAACAUAAGUCAAUAUGACCAAAUGGAAGAUGCUGAGUUUAAUUUUCAACAGUGUUCAUUUCCCUCGAAAUUGCAUAUUUGUAGAUUUUUUUGGUUACUAAGCAUCCUUUUAUACUCAGAUUAUGUUUCCUGUCAAAAAUUCCUCGAUUUUUACCGGUUUUAAGUAAAAUGGAGUAAAUUAAAAUACUUCAAAAUGCUGGAUCCAAGAUGGUAGAUGCUUCCAGUCCCUUUUUAGUAAUAAAUAACGUCACUGUGACAUCACUGCUAUUGAUAAAGGUUAUUUAUAUGUUAGCCAACUUCUUGAUUUUAUCAAACACCUUACUAUCUACGUAUUUUUCGUUUAAUUUGUACUUUGAGGGAAAUUUAGAUUCUGCCAAUAAAUUCGACAGUCUGGCGUCAUAAUGACGUCUGAUUAGGUCAUUGUGUUAAUCAUAUGCCCAGAAGUUGGAAAUGAUGAGUACAUUAUUCUGUUAAAGUUUGGUGGUCGUAGCUUGAGCGGUUUUGAAGAUAUAGAGAGGGUCUUAUCGAGCGUUCCCCCCGGUCGCAGGAAUAGGGUUAAUCAUAAACUUUGUAUAUUUUCUUGCUUCCCGUCCUGUAAUGACAUAAUGACUUUAUUUUCCGUUUGCUUGAUUUCCAGGCAGCGUUUGACGAACGGUUGGCCUCAUGGAAGAAUGAAAAUGACAAAUUAACACAAGAUGCCUGCACCAGUCUUCUCAAGCGGCUCAAACAAGAACACUUGGAUCCAAUACUAGAAAAGUUACAUGGAGGGGAAGGUGCACAAGUCUCAUUUGAGGACAUUAUUCAAGGGUACAACCGACUUGAACAGGACUUCAAAGUGCGAGCAGUUGGGGCUAAAGAUGUUUCUGCUGCCGUUUUCUUUGAAUUUCAUCCGGUAAAAAACUUUAAGGUUCUUACUUCUAAGACAAAAAGAGGAAAGUUUUAAAAUCGAACUCGAAAUGGGCAGCCAAAAACGGGGACUGGGCAAACCACCCCUUCCGGGGAAUAAAGACAGUUUAACUCAUCAUGAAUGUUUGGUCAGGCAAAAAGUAUUUCAAGAAAACAAGAUAAAUACAAUGAGAAGUAUAUUCGAACCUUUUUUUAAUUUCCAAAGAAUAGUACAGACAAGUAGAGGCGGAUUUUCUUUACUACUGUGGUGAACUGAGCACUAAAUGACCUUCUCCCAGCUUGAAAACUGCUUGAGGUGUUGGGAUAUCGGUAAUUAGUUUAACUCUUACUAGGAAAAACAAUUUCUGACACUGGCGUAAACUCAUGACCAAUCAAUAGAGUGACCAGUUAAUAAGAAUUGGUAUUAUAUAUAUUGCACCACUUUUCUUUAAAAUUCAUAUCAGCUUCUAAUGGAGGAAAUGCAGCGAUAUUUGGGGGUACUACGACAGCUCAAAGAUUUCGACGAAAACUUGACUAGAGAAAUCGCCGCAAGAGCCUACCAAGAACAGGAAAGAAUGAAGCUUGAGGUACAUGUAUUUAACGCUUUGGCAAAGAAGAAUAGAGAGGAAAAACUGUGACGUCACAAAAAUCAUCAUUUAUGAAAUUAUGGGACUGGUUAGCAUAUUUAGAAGGAACCAAAGUAGCCCCCUUGCCAAAAUUCAGCCUAUUAGUGUAAAUUAGUGGGGAAAUAUAGGCACCGUUUAAGCAACGAUUACUCUAUUCAAAUGCUUCUAAAUUGGUUUGCUAACUUUGCUCGGAGUCAUCCGAGCAAAACUGUGCUUAUAUCUCCCCAUCAAUUUACAUUUAUUUAACAGGCUGAUUUUUAGCAAAUGGACAUUUUUCAUGAUUUUUUUUUCUGAAUAUGCUGACCAACCCCAUAAUGUGACAAAUUUAACUGUUUUGAAGUCAUCACUUCUCCUCUGUAUUGCAACUCAUUAUUAUUUAUUAUACUUCAGAUUUGACAUUUGGGGGUAUUUAUACAAAAGGUUUGCGAUAAGCGACUCUUUAAGCUGAUUUAUCGUUUGUUUCAUGAUAAAUACCUCUUAUUAGCCGAGUUUUCGGUCCGUACUGUAAAUUACGGACCGAGUUUUUUUUCAUCGAUUUAUGGCCCGCGCGCUUCGCGCUUGGGCCAUAAAUCGAUGAAAAAAAUGAGGAUCCUUAAGUUACAGUACCGACCGAAAAAACGAGGCUAAUAAGAUGUUUAUUAUAUGGCUUCUUCCUAUUUGGCGGACCGGAAACAAGUGCAGGACGCACGAUUUGACAGUCAUUUGACAGGCGUCAAAAAAAAAGUUUUUAUUGGCGCACGAACACAAUAGCACAUAACAAAGGCUUUCCGAGGAAGUAAAAACAAAAUCGCCAUGUUGGAAAAGUUUAUUCGGUCAAAACUAAGAGCACUGUAAGUUUUAGCUCUUUAAUGUAAGGCUGGAGUAUUUUGAAAACCGGACACUGUGUCUGUCCAGAAGUCGUUUCCACCUUUCCUCCGUUUGUCCUUGUAAAGAAAAUACUGCAAAAGGCAAAGAAGUUUGUUGUCACUGUCGAAGGAUUCGCUCGUUAAUUGUUUUUGGGAAAACCUCUCUUUCUGCCAGUUCAUUCUCGUCUUCAGUUGAGAUCUGCGUUAAAAUUUUCAAGCACUGACUAAAAUUCUCUUCCUCGGUAAGGUUACGAUUCAGUUUCUACAUCAGCUUCGUUCUCAUUAAAACAAAGGUAGGUUAAAAUUUGGAAAGGCAAAGUCAACAUCCCAGUCCUCAGGGUUUACAGACAUAUUUUAAAGUUUAUUCGGUGAAAACUAAGAGCACUGUAAGUAUUCACUUCUUAGUGUGACGCUGGAGUCUUUUGAAAACUGGGCAUUGUGUCUGGCUCGAACUCAAUCAUUUCUCUUAGGCAAAACAUCUCGAAUCUCUGCCAGUCGAUUUUUGUUUUUUUAACUGUGUACUGCGAUAAAAUUUUCAAACACUGACUAGAAUCCUCUUCGAUAAGAUUACGAGUUAGUUUCUUCAUCGCCUUCGUUCACAAAUAAACACAGUUUAAAAUGUUGAAGGCCAAAGUCAAUUAACAUACAAGUCCUCAAGGUUUUACAGGCGUCUUAUAACUUUAUUUAAACCUUUUUUCCGAGCUAAAGAGAUUUAGAGCUCCGAAAUGAGCAUUUUCUUUAAAAAUUUUGGUCCGUAAAGCAAGUUACGGACCGCAAAUUGACCAAUCGCAUAGCGAAAACAGAACCAUUCAAUAAUCUCUUUUAUUGAUCGAGACCGUGACGUUUUGUCCGCGUACUGAUGCAGGCGAUGGUAUCAAUUUACUGAGCGGGACUAUUAGCAAUAUCAUGUUGACUGUGAUUGUGGAAUUACGACCUUCAGUUAUGGUUGGUAGGUUCAAAUCACUAUGAAUAAUUUCUAUUAAUCUCAACAAGAGUUUUAUCUGUAUCCUGUUUUUCAUAGGAGGAACACGCCCGAUUGCAGCAAGAAAAUCGUGAACGACAAGUGGAGGUAAGUCAUGGCAGUCCAUAUUUGGUUGUAGCUUUAAACACUCAAAGCCGGAAGUUAACAAGUUGGCAAGGCUUCUUUUUGCUCCCACGUUAACUCUCAUGGGAGGAUUAAUAGAAUGAGGAGCAAGAUUCUUCGCGUGCCAAGCAUUCCUCUUACACUUCUACCCUUUAUUUUUAAUUUUUUAUCUUUUAUUAUUUUUGCCACAAAAAAUAACUUACAGCUGGGAAGGUGACUGUGGCGGGGAAAUCUCCGAGAAGCCAAUGAACUUACAAGAAAUAGAGAUAUCCCACCCCCCAACCCUUCAAUGCACUUCCCCUUUCUCAAAUCAGAUUCAAGUGGUGCCUCACCACGCUGCCCCAAACCCAUUAACAACAUCCUAGAUCCUUCUCUGUAUCUUCUUUUUUAUUGAAACUCUUCUUUUAAAAACAAAAAAAGCCAUCUGGAAAGGCUACGGAACUCUGUACUAUCUUACCAGAAAUGGACGAAGGCAGGCCUGAUUUUCAGGUUACUCACAUACCUUAGUGCGGAUGUCCUCAUCCUUUAAGGAUAUGCUGUUUCGCAGUAAGUCCUUAAAAAAACUAAGUACAAGCCAAAAACGAGGUUGUGCUCUCUUAAAACAGAUGGAACGGCUUCAAAAAAGGUUUGAAGAAGAAGGUAAAAUACUACGUGAGCAGAUGGAGGCAGAUGCAAAAGCUCAACGUGAUCAAAUGGAUAACAUGUUGAAAGCUAGUAUGAAGCAAGCUGAGGAGGAUAGGAGAGCCUUCAUGCAAGAAAAUCAAACAUUGAAUGCAAGACUUGGAGAGAUGCAAAAGUCAAAUAACGAGAUGCAGCAGAUGGUGGAGAGUUUAAAGCUGCAGCUCCUGCAGAACCAAGGUACACAAGAGGAAGUAAGAAAGCCAAGUUUCUUUGAUAAAGCAGUUCAGGUGGUCACUGGCUUAGGAACUAUUGCCGGUGCUGUUUCAAAGUGCUCUGUUAUGUAACCUUUCAUUUUUUUUGAUACUGAAAACAAUUUUUUCCCCAUUAAGAAAUUUCAGUUACAUUAAACAUGCACAGAGUAGCAUUAGAGUAGCCUGACGAGAUAAAUAGUUUUAUUAUAAUUUACUGGUACAGUUUAAACUUGCAUUUUUUGCUAGAGUGUCAGAAUAUAUCGAUGCAGUUUGUAAACAUAAACUAAAUAAACGGAAAGGU